AAGGCACAAGAGGUUACUUAGUUACAUACACACACAAACUAGCUAGCUUACAUUCACAAAGCUUACUUGAAGAAUGAGCAACAUCACCGCCAUGGAUUCAAAGAAGUCUAACAAGAUCAGGGAGAUUGUGAGGCUUCAACAGAUUCUCAAAAAAUGGAGAAAGAUCGCUAACUCGCCAAAAGCGAGCUCCACUACCAUGAGCGGCAGCAACAAGAGCAUCCAGUUUCUAAAAAGAACACUUUCUCUAUCAGAGAAAACCGGCAGUACCUGUGAAGCUUCUAACAAUGCUCAUGUCCCUAAAGGGUACCUUGCUGUUUGUGUUGGAGAAGAGCUCAAGAGAUUCGUCAUUCCAACAGAUUAUCUUGGCCGUCCUGCUUUCCAGUUUCUGCUUAGAGAAGCUGAAGAGGAGUUUGGUUUUCACCAAACCGGUGUUCUGAGGAUUCCGUGCGAGGUUUCUGUGUUUGAAGAGCUUCUAAAGAUGGUGGAGGAAGAUAGGGAUACAUUCUUCAUGCAAGGAUGCUAUUCAGAAAGCCAGCUCAACUUUUACCACCCUGAAAGCCCAAUGUGCAGAUAAUAGUAAACAUUUUUCUUUUCUGUACUACUCAUUCAGAUCUCUUCUUCAGAUGAGAAGGAGAAGCAUUUUUAUGUUGAGUAUGUAAUGUGUAUAUCAGUCCGAUGCAUUUUCUCAGGCAUCAAAUCCAGUAUCUCAUUCCUAUGGGAUUCAUUUAUCUAAUUCAAAUCUCAUAGUCAUUC